GAUAGAUUCAGAAGAAGACAAAAAACAAGGAAAUUCUCUGAAGAUGUCCCCUUGUUCGAGGAACUUUCGCGGUAGAACUCUAUGAGCCAUGCGCUUAGCGGAAUAUAGCGGGUAAUGCUUAUCAUUCUUUCUGCCCGAGUUCGAUGGUGGGCACAACAGGUGCGCAGCACUAGCUUCGUCGAAUCGCCCUUGUUUCAAGUGGUGUGUACGCUCACUGUCAUUGUUCUAUUGUGGUAUGCGAUCGCGAGCGCAACCGAAAUCCUAGGGAAGUUUGUACCAUCCAAUGCCGUAUAAAUACCCCAGCCAUCGUUUCGUAGUAUCAGAAUCAAGUUAC